AGCCUAUCAAAACAGUAAAUACUGAUAAUUAAACUAAAGUUUUAAUUUUUUUGAAAAAAGCAAAUGGCUCUUCUUUUUGCUUCUAAAGUGAGUUCAUCUCAUCUUCUUGUUUGUGUUAUUGUCCUCUCUUUAUCACUUCAUUCAAGAAGCCAACUGCCAGUAAGCUAUUCUGUUAAACCCUCUGAGAACGGAGUUGACGCAAGUGUCUCCGCCCACGUGGCAGGUGUUGCUUUGAUAGCCAACGGCUCCGCAGGAUCAGGUGGGCUGAGUGUCUCAGGUUCCGGCGGUGGAGGCGCUGGGCAAAGUGGCUCUAUGGGUGUCUCAGCUACGCGAAGUGGACUCAGUGGCUCGGCUUCGGGUACGGUUGCUGGCCAGACUGGGUCCCUGGCUGGCACUGCCGGAUCAGAAGGGGUUAACGGCUCAGCUUCGGGCACGGCUGUUGGGCAAACUGGCUCUGUGAGUGGCUCUGCUGGACCAGGUGAGCUCAGUGGCUCAGCUUCGGGUUCGGCUCAUGGUCAAAGUGGCUCCUUGUCUGGCACGGUUAAUUCAGAUGGGCUCUAUGGCUCAGCUUCGGGUACGGCUGCUGGGCAAAGUGGGUCUCUGAGUGGCUCUGCUGAAUCAAGUGGACUCAGCGGCUCGGCUUCGGGUACAGCUGUUGGACAACAUGGCUCAUUGGUUGGGGCUGUAGGACAAGAUGGGAUAAGUGGUUCAGGGUCUACCAUAGUUGUUGGGCACAGUGACCUGAUCACUGUCGAUUCCUCGAAGCCUGGAAUAGUAUGCAUGAACGUGGAUGGUACUGUUCAUUGUAUCUAGGAAGAUUGAUCAACCGUGAAAUUCCACUUGUUUUUAGAUUUGUUUCAAUUCCACCAAUUA